AUGGGCACACUGAGUUUCACCAUUCUACUGUCAGCCGUCCUUGCCACUGCCAUGGCUGGUGGGCUCGGCUACGGAGGAUACGGACUUGGUUACGGCGGCGGUGGAUACGGUGGAGGCUACGGCCUUGGAUAUGGUGGAGGCUUGGGGCUGGGGGCGUGGGAGCUGGCGGGGAUCAUUGGAGGCUACGGUGGUGGUUACGGAGGUGGCUAUGGUGGCGGCUACGGCAGCGGCUACGGUGGCGGCUACGGAGGCGGCUUGGGAUAUGGAGGUGGCUACGGAGGUGGUUUAGGAUACGGAGGCGGCUACGGAUACGGUGGAUAUG